ACAAUAUUAGCAGCAACAAUAUUAGCCCUUCCAUUCCACCACAGUUUUGUUCACUCAAAGUGCUCUCUGUACAAGCCACUUCUUCAUUCCUCUCCAAGUCUUGAAUUCAGUAACUUGGAAAGCCAUGGCAGUGCCUGUGUUAUUAGUGCUUGAGCUUUGUUUCUUAAUGAUGGGUGGUCUUGUUGUUGUUGUUGUUGUUGAGUCCUUUCCAUUCUCUGAGGCUGACAAGAUUGCUUGGUUGCUUGGACAACCCUUUGUGGGGUUUCAACAGUUCUCAGGCUAUGUCACUGUGGAUGACAAGAAACAAAAAUCUCUCUUCUACUAUUUUGUUGAGGCUGAAUUUGAUCCAUUUUCAAAGCCUCUUGUUCUCUGGUUAAAUGGAGGGCCUGGGUGUUCUUCAUUGGGAGUGGGGGCAUUCUCUGAAAAUGGACCUUUUAGGCCAAAUAGGCAGGUUCUGGUUAAAAAUGAGUAUAGCUGGAACAGAGAAGCAAACAUGUUGUAUUUGGAAACCCCAGUGGGAGUGGGUUUUUCUUAUUCAACUGAUGCCUCCUCCUAUGAGGCAGUGUCUGAUCAACAAACUGCCAGGGAUAACCUUGUGUUCUUGCAAAGAUGGUUCCUCAAGUUCCCCCAAUACAUGCAUAGGGAUCUGUUCAUCACAGGAGAAAGCUAUGCAAGUACCCUUUGUAGCCCACACCAUCAUCUCUUUGUUUGGGGAACUUCUUCCAAAAAACUGUUUUUGAAAAAACAAAAAUAUAAAAAUAACCCAUUUAGGGCCAAAAUGUGGUUGCAGUAUAACAUUGUCAUCGGCUUGAUCGUUAGGUUGCUUGGUCGUCUAAAAGGAUUUGUGGCCAACAAAGCUCAUCCCGAAGGUUCUAUUGCCGAGGCUUACAUUUCCAAAGAAUGUACAACAUUUUGUUCUAUGUAUUUGGAUGGAGUUGAAACAUUGUUUAACCACCCAGAAAGGAAUUAUGACAUGGGUGACCGUGGCCCAGGAUUGGCGGUAUUCACUCAAAAUGUCCGUCCCUUUGGUCUAAUGACAAGGGCGUCCGAUGUGUCCAUAGUUGAACGCGAGAUGGCUCAUUGGGAGCACAAGAACUUGUUACAACAAAGAUCCGGUGCAUUUGACAUCGAAAAUAGACAACGGAAAGAAUUCCCAAAAUGGUUCAAAGAUCAUAUGAAUGAAUUGCGGAGCCAAGUUUCUCCCGAAGCAACUAAUGAGAUGUGGUCAUUAGCCAAUGGUCCUAGUGGCUUAGUGAACACAUAUUCAGGAUAUAUUUGUAAUGGUGUCCGUUUUCAUACUAUCGACCGUGACAACCGUCGUAAAAGUCAGAAUAGAUAUAUCUUAUAUGGUGUUCGUUUUCAUACAAAUUUAAGGCUUUGA